UAUGCGUGUACACCGUACAACUGUGGCAUCUAACUAAGAUUCAUUCCUUGUUGGCACCUGUAAAGUCCAUCCGAAUAUGACAGAACUUUUAUGAAAAGUGGUGCAGAGAAUGUACGUCGGCAGACUCAAGAGUCUUCUUGUUCCAGUGUUGGCCGUUAUCUUGAUAAUGCUGGUACUCAACAUGAAGGGACCGGCUAAUGUUCUCCAGCAGAUUGAAGUACAUGGGAACCUGUUACACCUCGGCCAGAGAGACUUCGCUUUUGUUGGCACAGCGAGAACGUUCAACUGGAUGCUCAAUUACACAAAGUAUUUAGUUGCUGCCUACUCACCCACCAAGGGUCACGUUAAUCCGCACAACUUUAAACUUGUUUUGGACGAACCAAUGGCAUGCAUGGAUCCCAAGACUGAGACUCCCAAACCAGUCCUCCUGCUCGUGCUUGUAGCCAGUAUUCACAGGAACUUUAAACGGAGACAAGCCAUCCGGGAAACUUGGGGCAGCCUGAAGCAGCUGGCCGGUCUCCCCAUCGUGACACUGUUUCUACUAGGGGACAGGGGAGACCCGAGCCUCCACAAGCGGGUUCUGGAAGAGAGCUUGCAACACCACGACCUCUUGAUGGAGGACUUUGUGGACACCUACCGUAACUUGACCUUGAAGACCAUGAUGGCCAUGAAGUGGGCCAGCACCCACUGUCCACAGGCCUCGUUUGUCAUGAAGACGGAUGACGACAUGUUCGUCAGCUAUCAGAAUCUCCUGGACUACGUGACUGUCCUAGAUCCCCCUAGAAUUGACCUCGCGUUUGGGCUCGUCAUUGCUGGAGAAGCCCCCAUUCGCGACAAGGGGAGCAAGUGGUACAUGCCCCAGGAUGUCUUUCCAGGAAACUUGUAUCCCCCAUGGCUGUCUGGCGGUGGUUUUGUUCUCUCUGGUGACGUACCAGGGAAGAUUUACGCAGCGUCUCUAGAAGCCAGAUACCUCCAUCUAGAAGAUGUGUUUGUUGGUUUGUGCUUGGAGAAACUGAAUGUCAAGCCCAUUAUGAACCGCCAAUUUAGUAAUCUUCACAUCAAGUAUUCAUACUGCAGAUUUCGCUAUGUAAUUACUGCCCAUUCCUAUGGCCCAGACCAGCUUAGGACAAUGUGGAAAGAGCUGCUCAUUCAAAAGCCAUGUUGGCCCUGGACUUAGAACUACAUCAACGCUGAAGCUUUGUUGUUUGCCUGGAAGAAUAAUUGUAUUUGCAACUUACAUGUACGUGUGUACAAUUGCUGCUAUGGACAAAGAGUUUUUGAUCCCCGUUUUUUAUUCUGAAAUUAUUUCAGUCAAUUUUUUUAAAGAGUCAAACCUCUGAUAUGAGGGACACUUCAUAAUGGCUCACAGCUGUAAUGUGGGAUAUGACUUUUGAAAACCUAAGGGAUGCAUACAUGUACAUGUAGCUAAUACCUAAGGGUGUUUAAACCCUCCUAUCCUACCUCACAGCAGUCCACAACAGCUGUGUCAUAUCCAUCUUAAUGACUUUUCACUUGCUUUUCUAAGGGAAAUUAAGGGCGACAAAGAAAUCUUUGAACAUUAGUGGUUCAGUCCCUGCAUUACUCUUUGCACUGCAAAGAACCGUGUGAUAUACAACACUGGCUGUUGCGAUGUCUAACGGUGAGUGUGACAUGCAGUUAUGUCGCCCUGUCCCGUGAUUGUUCUGAGCCAAUGAAAAAAAACACAGUAAGAAAAGCAGAGGUAUAACAAAUGCUGAUUUUCUUAAGUGAGUGCUUGAAAUGCAAAUCAAAGUUUGGCACAAAAGAGGAAAUGUACUGUGACAGUGACACCGUGUUGGGGAAAAUAUCAAGGGGGGUUGGGCAGAUCCCGUCUCCAGCGCUUUAAGGGUUGAGAUUGGAGGGGCCACAGAGUUGGAGGGUAGAGCAACAAUUAAAAAUGAGUUGGUGUGGGUCAUGCAUAUUUCUUUCCUCAUUCUUCUUGUGAUGUGCUAAUAUGUUUUCUUGUGGUCGGUUCAUAAAACAUUCCUAGCUUCGAUGAGGCAAUAAUCAUGCUUUGAAAUCAGGGUGCUGUUGAAAAAUCAUGAGAUAUCAGUAAUCAUCGUUUUUUUGAUUAGGCGACCCAACCGUUAGAGGGACAAGUAACAUGAGAUGAUGAGUAGUUCCUCCAUAAUUCAGAUAUGUGUAGCAAUCACUUGUCAUCAGAUUAAAUGUGAAACAAGGUCCUCACAUCAGCUCGUAGCCAGUUGUUAAAUAACUGGCUGAGAAACUGCCAUUGUACAAAUGGCCUUCUCUCCUUGGUGCUUUCAAACUGAUGAAAUCCACGUUUUAUUAUGUGCUUUAUUAAUGCUGUUUGCUCAAUAUCCAUUAUUUAGGGGAUAUUAGAAAUAAAUAUUCUUAUUGGCA